AGCAUUUUCAACUUCUUGACGCUGACGCUUUGGACGCGCGUCUUGGCCGCUGACGCCAAAACGCUCAAGACGCGCCGCGUCGACGCCAGAUUCGCGCCGCGCUGACGCCGAAAACGCGCCGCAAAAACGCAGGACGCUCUAGUCGCGCGUCCACAUAGACUUUACAUAGAAAGUGGACGCUUUCACGCUUUGGUCUGAACGGGCCUUUAGCGUCUCCAUGGCAGCCGCACUAGCGCAGUGUUUGGAAACUGAGAUUUUGUUUCGGUCGAAGAAAAGUAUUCAACUUUGAAGAUAGCUAGUUGAUGAACUAAUUAAGCGAAGAUGGCAAUGGGACCAGAACCUCCCAAAAGUUCCUCUAAGCUCAGAUAUCCUAUAUUUGAACAGACUGGCCUGUAUACUACAAGCAUAUCCCCGUUUGUAUUUCAGGAUGAAGGUCAGUCAAUCAAUACAAUAAAAGGGAGUAAAUCAAAAAAGGUUAAUGACAAAUCCACAUCCCAGCAAGCAAAGACCUCUUACUUCUGCUCUGGUGGAGACCUGCCCAAAGUUCAGCUUCCAUACCAAACUUUUUCUGGAAAAAUCCCAAGGAAAUUAGAGAUAGAAAGACUCAGGAGGGAGUACUCACAGUUAAACCUUGAAGAUCUGCUGGAAGCAAAUGGCAUCGACACUAACAGUCUUUUGCCAAAGUAUCAGGGCAGUAGCAAUGACUCCUGUGUGUCACCCUAUCUUCCACUGGAGAUAUUUGACAAUGAAGAUUUUGACUGUCGGACCCCAGAAGACUGGCUUUCUCUGGGUAUUACUGAAGGAUCAAGUGAUCGAAAGCCUAUUCCAGCCAAAGCCCUCCUGCCAGCUGAAGUCAAAAUUGCAUUUGAUUCAGGUCCCCUUACCCAGGAACACAUCUGGCAUUUGGUUGGGGUUCUUGACUACAAUAAGGAAACAUCUUUGUACCUUGUUGAAAAGGUUCAUCUAAAAGAAUUAAGUGGAAAUUCUAGCCUUAGUGAACAACAAAAGAAGACACCACUGACUGGGGAAAAGCCAUACGUUACAGGAAGUAGAUACUGGGUACCUAGAAUUCGACUGUUAUUCAAAGCAGAGGAUCCACGCAUCUUUGUGCAGCGCAUCAAGAAUGCUCUGCAUUUAAGGGACAACGCAGAAGCGCUUGUGCUUUAUAAUCUAUCUGUUGACUGCAUGCCCAUUUGUGAAGGAACAUCGCUUGAUAGCAGCUGUCUCCAGAGGAUCAAAAAAAAAGCUCUCACAACUCCUAAUCUCAGACAGAAACGUUUGGAUGACUAUGUAAAGCACCUGGAGGAGGAGAUAUGCCUAGACUAUAGCAGGACUAUGAACAAAAUUAUAUUUGACAAUGUAGUAAUGAGUCAAUCAGGGCAGCUGUUUUCACAAAUUAUUAUUCCAAAGAAAGAACAACCACUGGUUCCUAAAAAAGAGAUUUUUCCAGCUCCUCUUUUUUCUUAUAAGGAAACAUGUGCCAAGAUUGCCUUCUGCUCCCUACUCACACAACCAAAGGUGCUGUUUCUAUUAUCUAAAAUAUGGUGUGAGUGUGACAAAGUGGCAAACAUGCAGCUGUUUAAUAUUUCCGAGAGGGAAUCACUUCGACUAAAAGACUUUGAAACCUCACAAUCGCAUUUGCACAUUCAGGUGAACUCUUAUCUUCGACAAACAUGGAUAUCAACAGUGAGCAAUGCCAUUCGGUCUCCCUUAUUAGAGAUCGGGAAAGGCACUUACAAUGUGAAUCAGUCCUCUUGGGAAAUGUAUAAGAUGUCCAAGUUGAUGAAAUUGAUGAAUGUGGUGCGCUACAAAAUGCAAGAUGCCCUGCGCUAUCUUGUGCAAAACUCUUUGGCCAGUCUUACUCAACAAAUUAUGGAUGCCUGUUAUAGUACUCUGACUUGUUGUGAAGAUCUGGUCUGGGGAGAAGACCUCAUUACUAGCCCUUACAAAUCAAAGAAACACACCUUGUUCCUACUGGACUUGGUUCUGGACCAGACUGGAGUUCAUUAUAGCACUCCUCUUGAGAGUUUUCCCUCAUCAAUUGUAAAGCUGUUUGAUAAAGGCAUUGUGGCAGCACAGAAUGUUCCACAAGUUGAAAGGUUGGUGAUGAAAAAUCUCUUCUUUGGGGAAGAUAGUUUACUUGAGUCUGUGAAUAUGCGGGAACCUGAAGUAAUCAAGCAACGAAGGGAGAUACAAGUGGCUCUUUCGCAGGCGGCCAUUCCUUUGAGAGCCUAUGCAGCCGAAUACGUCAAAUAUUUGGAACUAUAUAACCAAGACAUUGAAACACUGCUUAAAUCUAGUACACAGACAGAGUUGACAUCCCAAGUGGUGAAAAAAGAAGUGGAACAACAUUUGAAAGAAAAAGAGAGACUUGAACAAACACUACCCCUCUUUAUCAACAUUGGCCCAUUCACUGUCCAGGUAGAGACUGUUCGACUCGCAUUGUGCAAUAAAAGAAAAGCUUUGGCUAAGUCAUUGCAGGACCAGUUUGCUCAAAGACUUCGUAAGCAGAUUGACGAUGCUUGUGACGAGUGCAUGAUCAUAGACAGAAAACUUUGUGAAAAACCAAAUACAGUUGAGGAACUAUCUGAAAAGAGAGAGUGGAUGAAGCAAAUUCCUGAACAGCUAAGAGUUUAUAAAGAGCGACUUAAAAAGACACUUGCAGAAUAUGAUGUCUUGGAAGAUUUCUUUUACCUUAUACCAAAGGAUGAUUUCAGUAAGAAGUGGGCUGCUAUUGGAUGGCCUCAAAAGAUUUUCAGACAGAUAGAAAAAACAACUGUAAAACACAAGGAGGAUGAGGAACGUUUCCACAAAAUUCAACAAAGUGAACAGAACAACUUUGAGGAACAGAUUGACUCUUUACAAAUGCUGGUUGCUGGUUUUGCAGGUUUUGCAGACAUGAACCAUGCACAUGAGUUGGCCAGUAAGGUGAAACGUACAAAGAAGGACCUGGAGGACUGUCAGGCUAUGGCCCAAAUCUACAACAGGAGAGAACGUCUGCUUCAGCUGCCUUUGACAAAUUAUGAUCGUCUGCAUAAUUUAGUUGGGGAAUUUCAGCCUUAUGAGGACCUAUGGACAACCACCUCCAACUGGUUACACUGGCAUGAGAGCUGGCUCAAUGACCCACUGUCGUCUAUUGACUCUGAACAGCUUGAGAGCAAUGUCACAGAGGCUUACAAGAUCAUGCAGAAAUGUGUCAAACAGUUUAAAGAUAAUCCAGGAUGUCAUAUGGUGGCAGCUUUUAUUCAGAGAAAAAUUGAGGAAUUCCGGCCUUACAUUCCACUAAUUCAAGGACUUAACAACCCUGGAAUGAGAAGUCGCCACUGGGAGAUGCUUUCAGAGCAUAUUCACAUGAAGAUGCAAUUCCAAGCCAAUCUGACUUUCUCACGCUGCCUUGAGCUUGGUUUGCAAAACUAUGGAGCUGAAAUAGCACAGGUGGCUGAGGUGGCAGGAAAGGAAUACACCAUUGAACAGGCACUUAAUAAAAUGAAAGCUGAAUGGUCAGCUUUAGUCGUUGAUGUGCUGCCAUACAAGAACACUGGAACCUACAUUCUCAAAAGUCCAGAGGAAGCUUCCCAAUUGCUAGAUGACCACAUUGUCAUGACCCAGAGCAUGUCACUCUCACCAUUUAAAAAAUACUUUGAAAGUCGCAUAGCCAACUGGGAGAGUAAACUGAAAAUGACUCAAGAUGUGCUAGAGGAAUGGCUGACAUGCCAGCGUUCUUUGCUUUACCUUGAGCCCAUUUUCAGCUCCCCAGAUAUUAACCAACAACUGCCCAAUGAAGCAGGGCAAUACCAACAAAUGGAAAAAAUGUGGACAACAGUGAUGAGAAAAGCUAACAAUAAUCGCAAGAUAAUUGAGUUGUGUCCAGAUGCCCGUUUAUUGUCUACUCUGAAGACGUCCAACUCACUCUUAGAACAAGUACAGAAAGGUCUCAGUGAGUACUUGGAGACAAAGAGACGUUCUUUUCCAAGGUUUUACUUCCUAUCAGACGAUGAGUUGCUUGAAAUUUUGUCCCAGACCAAAGAUCCCACAGCUGUUCAGCCACAUUUACGCAAAUGCUUUGAGAACAUUGCACGGCUAAAAUUUCAGCCUGACUUACAAAUCACUGACAUGUACUCUGGAGAAGGAGAGGAAGUGAAGCUUUUCCAGUCUGUACAGCCUACUGGUGAUGUGGAAGACUGGCUCAGAAAUGUAGAGAAGUCAAUGAAAGCUACAGUAAAAGAUAAUAUUGACCGAUCAUUAAAAGUCUACUAUGAGCAACCUCGGGAGAAGUGGGUUUUGUCAUGGCCUGGUCAGGUGGUGAUUGCUGGAUGCCAAGUAUUCUGGACUGCCGAGGUAUCGGAAGCUAUAGAGAAAGGAGACUUGGCUAAUCAUCUUUAUCCUCAACUGCAAACACAGUUGGGUAACUUAGUCAAACUGGUCAGAGGAAAUUUGUCCAGAAUGCAAAGGGCUGUUCUGUCUGCCCUCAUUGUCAUAGAAGUCCAUGCAAAAGAUGUUGCUGCUGAACUGGUCCAGCAAAAGCUUUCAAAUAUUAAUGACUUUGAAUGGAUCAGCCAGCUCAGAUACUACUGGGCAAGAGAUGACUUGUAUGUCCGUGUGGUAAAUGCAGAGUUUUUGUAUGGAUAUGAAUAUCUUGGUAACUCUGGUCGGCUGGUUAUCACCCCACUGACAGACAGAUGUUACCUAACGCUAACAGGGGCUCUUCAUUUGAAAUUUGGAGGGGCUCCUGCGGGCCCAGCUGGUACAGGAAAGACCGAGACCACCAAAGAUCUUGGAAAGGCCCUAGCAAUCCAGACUGUGGUGUUCAACUGUUCAGAUCAGCUCGACUUCAAGGCCAUGGGGAAAUUCUUUAAAGGACUAGCCAGCUCUGGCGCUUGGGCAUGCUUUGAUGAAUUUAAUCGUAUAGAUGUGGAAGUGCUUUCUGUAGUGGCACAACAAAUUACCACUAUACAAAAGGCUCAACAGCAAAGAGUUAAAAGCUUUGAAUUUGAGGGGACUGAAAUCACACUUGUUCCCUCCUGCGCUGUGUUUAUUACAAUGAAUCCUGGAUAUGCUGGCCGCACAGAACUGCCUGACAAUCUUAAGGCUCUGUUUCGUCCUGUGGCUAUGAUGGUGCCCAACUAUGCUAUGAUUGCUGAAAUUUCUUUAUACUCAUUUGGCUUUAGUGAUGCCAAAAUCCUUUCAAAGAAAAUAACAUCUACUUUUAAGCUAUCCUCUGAACAGCUUAGCUCACAGGAUCAUUAUGACUUCGGUAUGAGAGCUGUAAAAUCUGUGAUUUCGGCAGCUGGAAACCUCAAGAGAGAACAUCCUGAGAUGAAUGAAGAGUUAAUUUGUCUGCGAGCCAUUAAUGACGUCAAUGUGCCAAAGUUUCUUCAAGAUGACUUGAAACUGUUCAGUGGGAUUGUGUCUGAUCUGUUCCCCAAGACAAAACAGGAGCCAAUCAGUUAUGGAACACUGGAGCAAUCCAUGCGCAGUGUUUGUGUUGAGAGGAACUUGAAAGAUGUUGAUGGGUUUAUUCAUAAAUGUAUUCAGCUUUAUGAAACUACAGUGGUGAGACAUGGCCUUAUGCUUGUGGGACCUCCUGGAUCCGGUAAAACAAGGUGUUAUGAGAUACUAGCUGCAGCCAUAACAGCUCUAAAAGGCAAGCCCUCAGUGAGUGGUGGACAGUACGAAGCUGUUCAGGCAUAUGUUCUCAAUCCCAAAUCUAUCACUAUGGGACAGCUUUAUGGAGAAUAUGACCUACUCACACAGGAAUGGACAGAUGGAAUCCUUUCAGCUCUUGUUCGUGAAGGGGCAUCAUCCAUGGACCAAGUGAAGAAGUGGUACAUGUUUGACGGUCCUGUGGAUGCUGUGUGGAUUGAGAACAUGAACACAGUACUGGAUGAUAACAAAAAACUGUGCCUAAGCUCAGGGGAGAUUAUCAAGAUCACAGAUGUGAUGACCAUGAUGUUUGAGGUGCAGGACUUGGCUGUGGCUUCCCCAGCUACAGUGUCCCGCUGUGGAAUGGUCUACCUGGAACCUAGUAUUCUGGGCCUAACUCCUUUUACAGAAUGCUGGCUGAAGCAGAUCCCUGAUGCUUUAAAACCUCACUCAGACCAGCUUAAUUCCCUCUUCUCCAGAUUCCUCAAGGACUCAUUAAGGUUCGUUCGUGGACAUGUUAAAGAGGUUAUCACAUCUCUUGACAGCAAUCUGACAUGCAGUCUUCUUAAACUUAUGGAUUGCUUUUUUGACCCUUUUAAUCAUAAAGAGAAUGAACGACCACUACCUCAGCAUAAAGUGAAGCGCCUAAAAGAAGUGAUUGAGCCCUGGUUUUUCUUCUCUCUGGUGUGAAGUGUUGGAGCCACAGGAGAUGCAACAAGCUGUCAGCACUUCAGUAACUGGCUAAGAGAGAAAAUGGCAGAAGAGAAUAUUGAGUUAUGUUUUCCAGCUGGCGGUUUGGUUUACGACUACAAACUCAACGAUGGUGGAAUAAGUAACUUUGAGGAUGAUGAUGAUGAUCCAAAAAAAAGCAAAGUACAGUGGAUCAGCUGGAUGAAAGAUUCACCAAAUUUUGUCAUUACAGCAGAAACCAAGUAUGCCGACAUUGUUGUGCCCACCCCUGAUACAAUGAGAAUGACUUUCCUGCUUGACAUGCUAUUGAAUAAUAAGAAACCGGUUCUGUGUUUUGGUCCAACUGGAACUGGGAAGACCCUCACUCUGUCAGAUAAACUACUCAAAAACAUGUCAUCAGACUACAUUUCCCACUUUCUCAUGUUCUCUGCUCGCACUUCAGCGAACCAGACUCAAGAUUACAUAGACAAUAAACUAGUUAAAAGGCGGAAAAAUGUGUUUGGGCCUCCAAAGGGAAAGUAUUUCAUAUUCUUCAUUGAUGACCUUAACAUGCCAAUGUUAGAAACAUAUGGUGCUCAACCACCUAUUGAGCUUCUGCGACAGUGGAUGGAUCAUGGGGGCUGGUAUGACAGGAAGCAGAUAGGCACCUUUAGACACUUGGUAGAUAUAAAUUUUGCCUGUGCCAUGGGGCCUCCUGGUGGAGGACGAAAUCCCAUCACACCACGAUUCUCUCGGCACUUCAACUUCUUGUCUUUUACUGAAAUGGAUGAUACCAGCAAGAAGCACAUUUUUACCUCCAUUCUAGGCACCUGGAUGGUGCCAGCUAUCCAGUCACUGAAUGAGACUCUUGUUGAUGCCACUAUUCGAGUCUACUCUACGAUAACUUCUCAGCUUCUUCCAACUCCAGCCAAAUCUCAUUAUACUUUCAACCUCAGAGACCUGUCCAAGGUUUUCCAGGGCAUGCUCAUGGCUAAUGCUGAUACAAUUGAGGAGAAAUCACAGUUGCUCCAGUUGUGGUACCAUGAAAGCUGUCGGGUUUUUCAGGACCGCCUUGUCUGUGUUGAGGACAGAGAAUGGUUUAACGCACUCCUGAAAGACUGUAUCCAAGAAUUUGGGUGCAAGGUUGAAGAAGAAGUUUUAACAUGUCAGCCAGUUUUAUUUGGAGACUUCAUGGGUUCUGGACCUGACAAUAAAAUGUAUGCCUUAAUUGACAACAAGGAUGAGUUAGUAGAGGUCAUCGUAGAGUACAUGGAAGACUAUAAUCAAAGCAGCAAAACAAAAAUGAAACUAGUGCUUUUCAUGGAUGCUAUAGAACAUGUGUGUCGUAUCAGCCGUAUCCUGCGCCAGCCUUUAGGCAAUGCUCUUUUGCUGGGUGUAGGUGGCAGCGGCCGCCAGUCUUUGACCAAACUGGCCUCCUAUAUGUCUAACUAUGAGUGUUUUCAGAUUGAACUGUCCAAAAACUAUGGUCUAUCAGAAUGGAGAGAAGACCUGAAAGGUAUUAUGCUGAAGGCUGGCCUUCAAAACCAGUCAAUCACUUUCCUCUUUGUAGAUACACAGAUAAAAAGUGAGUCUUUCCUGGAAGAUAUCAAUAACAUCUUAAACUCUGGGGAUGUUCCCAAUCUGUAUGCUAAUGAUGAGGAGGAACUGAUACUUACUACAAUGAAGCCAGCAGUUUUAGAGCUGGGUCAGCAGCCAACUAAGGCUAAUCUUAUGGCUGCAUACCUCAAGAAGGUCCGGAGCAAUAUUCAUACAGUUCUGUGCAUGAGUCCUAUAGGGGAGGUAUUUCGUGCACGUCUGAGGCAGUUCCCUUCACUGGUUACCUGCUGCACUAUUGAUUGGUUCAGUGCCUGGCCGGAGGAUGCUCUUCAAGCUGUGGCUUCUACUUUUCUGAAUGAGAUGUCCGACCUUGAAGCCAGUGAUGAAGCUCUUAGAGGAAUUGGUAAAAUGACUCUUAUGUGUGUGAAGAUCCACCAAAUGGUAGCCAAGAAGUGUGAACAAUUCAAGGCUGAGCUUUCACGAUACAAUUAUGUAACACCAAAAAGCUAUUUGGAAUUGCUCAAUAUUUUCUCAAACCUCACUUCACAUAAAAAAAAUCAAUUAAGUAGUGCACGACUGCGCAUGAAAACUGGUCUGGACAAACUUCUCAGCACUGCAGACGAUGUGAAAAAGAUGCAGGAAGAGUUGGUAAAAAUGAGGCCAAGUUUGGAGGAGGCUGCUCAGGAUACUGAGGUCACUAUGGAGACAAUAAAAAAAGAUACAAUCAUUGCUGAGGAAACACGUAAAUCAGUGCAAGAAGAUGAAUCUAAAGCCAAGAAAAAAGCACAAAUAGCAGAGGCCAUUGCAACUGAUGCACAGAGAGACUUGGAUGAGGCUUUACCUGCACUGGAGGAUGCACUCACAAGCCUAAAGUCACUCAACAAAAAUGAUGUUACUGAGGUGCGAGCUUUACAGCGACCACCUCCUGGUGUAAAGUUGGUCAUAGAGGCAGUGUGUAUUAUGAAGGGUAUUAAACCUAAGAAGGUACCUGGAGAGAAGCCAGGUACGAAGGUGGAUGACUACUGGGAACCAGGAAAGGGUCUGCUGAAAGACCCUGGUAAAUUUUUGGAGGGCCUGUUCAACUAUGAUAAGGACAACAUUCCAGAUACUGUGAUCCAGCUGAUCCAGCCCUACAUGGACAAUGAGGAAUUUCAACCAGCUGCUAUUGCCAAAGUGUCCAAAGCCUGUACAUCCAUUUGCCAGUGGACAAGGGCAAUGUAUACAUAUAAUUUCGCAGCAAAGGCGGUUGAGCCUAAAAGGCAAGCGCUUCAGGAGGCCAGGGAAGACUUAGCUAUGACCCAACAAAUGCUAGAUGAUUCCAAAGCAAAGCUGGCAGCCGUUGAGGGUGGAAUUGCCGCUUUACAGGCAAAGUAUGAGGCCUGUAUAGCAAGGAAAAAUGAACUGGAGAAUCAGUAUGACCUAUGUGAAAAACGGAGAGUUCGUGCAGAUAAGCUCACAGGAGGACUUGCUGAUGAGAAGGUACGCUGGAAGGAAACUGUACAAAAUUUGGAUGACAUGAUCAAUAAUGUGACAGGAGAUGUUCUUCUGUCUGCUGGUUAUGUAGCAUACUUGGGACCAUUUACUGGGGAGUAUAGGGCUGCUAUGGCUGAGGAGUGGCUUCAUUGUUUCAAGGAGUUAAAUGUUCCCCACACUAGAGAACCCAACUUGAUCAACACACUUGGAGAUCCAGUGAAUAUUCGCUCAUGGCAGAUUGCAGGAUUGCCAAAGGAUAACCUUUCAGCAGAGAAUGGUGUGAUUUCCCAGUAUUCUUUGCGCUGGGCUCUUUUCAUUGAUCCUCAAGGACAAGCCAAUAAAUGGAUUAAAAACAUGGAGCAAGAAAAUGGACUUGAGGUUGUGAAGCUUACUGACCAAGACUUUCUGCGCAGCCUAGAGAAUGCCAUACGUUUCGGCAAACCUGCCCUCUUGGAGAACGUGGGGGAGGAACUUGAUCCUGCAUUGGAACCUGUUUUGUUAAAGCAGACCUUUAAGCAGUCAGGCAGCACAAUGCUCAAGAUUGGUGAUUCAGUAAUCCCAUAUCAUGAAAACUUCAGAAUGUAUAUUACCACCAAGCUCCCAAAUCCACACUACUCACCAGAAGUCUCCACCAAAGUUACACUGAUAAAUUUCACCUUAUCUCCAAGUGGACUUCAGGACCAGCUGCUUGCUCAAGUUGUGGCUAAAGAGUGUGCAGACUUAGAAGAAACAAAAAAUCAGCUCAUUAUUAGUAAUGCCCAAAUGAAACAGGAACUAAAAGAGAUUGAGGAUGAGAUUCUUCUGCGACUCAGUUCUACAGAAGGAAACCCUGUGGACAAUGAGGAACUAAUUCAAGUUUUAGCAGCUUCCAAAGUCAAAGCGGGGGAAAUUAAGGACAAAGUGACAUCUGCUGAAAAAACUGAACGUGAAAUUGAUGCAACACGUCUGGAGUAUGUUCCUGUGGCAGUACGGACCCAGCUUCUCUUCUUCUGUGUUUCUGACCUCUCCAGCGUGGAUCCAAUGUAUCAGUAUUCUUUGGAGUGGUUCCUUGGCAUCUUUGUGUCAGCCAUUGCAAACUCUAAGAAAGCAGAUAUUUUAGAGCAAAGAAUUGCCAACAUAAAUGAAUAUUUCACAUUCAGCCUGUACACCAAUGUGUGUCGCAGCUUGUUUGAGAAGCACAAACUUAUGUUUGCCUUCCUUCUGUGUGCACGCAUACUGAUGAAUAGGAAAAAAAUUAAUAUGAUUGAAUGGCGGCUUCUGUUAUCUGGAGCAAUGCCAACAAAAGAGCUUCAAAAUCCUGCAGUGAGCUGGUUAUCAGAGCGGACCUGGCAGGACAUCCUGGGCCUCAGUACUCUACCGAACUUCAUAAAUCUGGCAGAGAGUUUCUCACAACACCUACAAGGAUUCAAGAUGAUUUUUGACAGCAACCAACCACACAGGGAGCCAUUACCUGGCGAUUGGGACACAAAUUUGGACUCAUUUCAGAAGCUUUUAGUGUUGCGCUGUUUGAGGGCCGAUUGUCUUAUUCAGGGUUUUCAAGACUUUGUGGCAGCUAAACUGGGUCAGCAAUUCAUAGAACCUCAGACAUCUGAUUUAUCUGAGGUCUUCAAAGAUUCUUCCCACACGACUCCUCUCAUCUUUGUCCUGUCACCUGGUACUGACCCUGCAGCAGACCUGUACAAGUUUGCUGAUGUCAUGCAGUUCUCCAAGAAGAUGAGCGCUAUCUCUCUAGGCCAAGGCCAGGGCCCCCGGGCUGAGAUCAUGAUGCACGCUGCCAUGAUGAAAGGACAUUGGGUCUUCUUCCAGAACUGUCACUUGGCUCCCAGCUGGAUGCCUGCACUAGAGAGACUGAUUGAACAUAUCGACCCUGGAAAGGUACACAAGGACUUCCGUUUGUGGCUUACAAGUCUUCCAAGCAACAAGUUUCCUGUCUCUAUUCUCCAAAAUGGGUCCAAGAUGACCAUUGAGCCCCCGAGGGGAAUCAAAGCUAACCUUCAGAGAACUUAUCUAAAGCUCACAAAUGACUUUAUCAACUCCUCUACCAAGAUUAAUGUCUUCAAGCCGUUGCUUCUCUCUCUGUCUUUGUUUCAUGGGAUUGCAUUGAGAAGAAGGUUUGGUGCACUUGGAUUCAAUAUUCCCUAUGAGUUCACAGAUGGAGACUUGAAUAUUUGCAUCAGCCAGCUAAAGAUGUUUCUGGAUGAGUAUCGUAACAUUCCUUACAAGGUGUUGAAGUACACUGCUGGGGAGAUCAAUUAUGGGGGCAGGGUGACAGAUGACUGGGACCGGCGCUGUCUGCUCAGUAUUCUGGAGGAUUUCUAUUGCCCGGCUGUGCUUGAGGUCAAUCAUAGCUACUCUCCUUCUGGAGUGUAUCGACAGAUUGACACAAGUCUGGACGUUAAGGGCUACUUAGCAUACAUCAGUGGGCUACCAAUCAAUGACACUCCUGAAAUAUUUGGUCUUCAUGACAAUGCCAACAUCAGCUUCGCCCAAAAUGAAACCUUUACCCUCUUGGGGACAGUUGUUCAGCUCGAGCCUCGAGCUUCUUCUGCUGGUGGCAAAAGCCUUGAAGAGAUUGUAGAGGACAUUGCGACUGGUAUUAUGGAAAAGAUUCCUCCAGCCUUCAAUGUGAAAGAGGUCAUGGCCAAGUACCCUGUUCUGUAUGAAGAGUCCAUGAACACAGUGCUCAUCCAGGAAGUCAUUAGAUAUAACAAGCUGCUGGACGUCAUCUCGAGGAGCCUCAGAGAUAUAGUGAAGGCCCUAAAGGGUUUAGUGGUGAUGUCAUCAGAACUGGAGCUUAUGGCCAACAGCCUCUUCAACAAUGCAGUGCCUGAAAUGUGGAAGGCCAAGGCCUACCCAUCUCUGAAACCUUUGGCUUCAUGGGUGAUAGACCUGCUUCAAAGGACCAGUUUCCUGCAGAGGUGGAUCUCCAGAGGCAUCCCCCCUGUCUUCUGGAUUAGUGGAUUCUUCUUCCCCCAGGCCUUUCUCACUGGAACCCUCCAGAAUUAUGCCCGGCGUUCGAGCACCUCUAUUGACAUAAUUGGAUUUGAUUUUGAGGUAAUAACUAAAUCUGUGUCAGAGAUAAAGGAGAAGCCAGACACAGGCUGUUAUAUCCAUGGACUAUUCCUGGAGGGAGCUCGCUGGGAUAAUAGGGAAGGUCGGCUCGCACAGUCCAGGCCCAAAGAGCUCUACACUGAAAUGGCCGUCAUCUGGCUCAUUCCUACGCCUAAUCGGAACCCACCAAUAUCAGGCAUCUAUGUGUGCCCCAUCUACAAGACCCUCACACGUGCUGGAACUCUGUCUACAACAGGACAUUCUACUAACUAUGUGAUGGCUGUGGAACUGCCUACUGACCAGACUCAGGGGCACUGGAUCAAACAAGGAGUGGCCCUCAUCUGUGCUUUAGAUUAUUAAAAUGAAAGUUACAUUGAAAAUAUUCAGUAAAGUGUUAUCCAUUGGAUAUAAGUAGGAUGAUAUAAGUUGACGCUUGGGUACAGGUAGCCAAGUUGUGGAUAUUACAACAUUAUAGAAACUGGUUGGGUUUA